AUGGCUGACGAGGGACGUUUAAAAGAGUUUCAAGAGGCUAAUAAAAUAGUAUUCGAUCCUAAUACGAGGCAAGUAUGGGAAGGACAGGACCAGAGUGGAGGCGUCGUGAAGCAACAAGAUAUGGAGGAGAAUGCCGUAAAAGCACAACCUGAUGAGGACGAAGAUGGAUCAUCAACGUCCGGUAUAGUACCAACGUUGCAGAAUAUAGUGGCGACUGUUAAUCUGGGGUGUCGUCUAGAUUUGAAGACUGUGGCACUACAUGCGCGUAACGCUGAAUACAAUCCUAAACGUUUUGCAGCUGUUAUUAUGCGUAUUAGAGAGCCUAAGACUACUGCAUUGAUUUUUGCCUCUGGUAAAAUGGUUGUAACGGGUGCCAAGAGUGAAGAUGAUUCUAAAUUAGCGAGUCGGAAAUACGCAAGAAUUAUUCAAAAGAUUGGAUUUGCUGCAAAAUUUACAGAUUUUAAGAUUCAGAAUAUUGUCGGUUCUUGUGAUGUCAAAUUUCCUAUUCGUUUAGAAGGUCUAGCGUUUAGUCACGGUACUUUCUCGUCUUAUGAACCUGAACUUUUCCCCGGGUUGAUUUAUAGAAUGGUUAAACCCAAAAUUGUUUUACUGAUAUUUGUAUCUGGUAAGAUUGUUCUUACAGGUGCUAAGCAAAGAGAAGAAAUUUAUCAGGCCUUUGAAGCCAUAUACCCUGUGUUGAGUGAAUUCAGGAAAAUGUAG